GAGCCGAUGGACGGGCUGAAGGAGGGAGGGAGACCCCAUGGGGAGGCUCUGAGAGGGAAGAGGAGCCCAUGGUCGCCCUCACCUGAAAGGGGCUGACUGAGGAAGUCACGGGGUCUAUUUGCUGCUGUGUCCUGGCCCUCAGUGAGAUAAAGAUAAAUCAGGCAGACAGUGGCCCGGGGACGGGGAGACCCCAUUUCUCUCUGAAAUGUCUGCAGAGAGCCUGGUGCCCGCCCCCACCUCAGCCCUGGGGAAAUGAGAGCCAGGCUCCCGGGGGGAGGGCAGUUCCCCUUCCUGUGGGCUGAGGAUGAGACAAUCCCAUGACAAGAAGGACCCAGCCUCCGAGCGGCCACACCCUGUGUGUCUCUGUCCUGCCAGCACCGAGGGUUCAUCCAUCUGCAGAGCCCGGGCCACUGGGAGGAGACGCCAUGACCCCCGCCCUCACAGCCCUGCUCUGCCUCGGGCUGAGUCUGGGCCCCAGGACCCACGUGCAGGCAGGGCCCCUCCCCAAACCCACCCUCUGGGCUGAGCCAGGCUCUAUGAUCAUCCGGGGGAACCCCGUGACCAUCUGGUGUCGGGGGACCCUGGAGGCCCAAGAGUACCGACUGGAUAAAGAGGGAAGCACAGUGCCAUGGAACGCACAGAACCUAGUGGAGCCCAGGAACAAGGCCAGAUUCUCCAUCCCAUCCAUGACAGAGCACCAGGCAGGGAGAUAUCGCUGUAACUAUGUCAGCCCUGAAGGCUGGUCAGAGCCCAGCGACCCCCUGGAGCUGGUGGUGACAGGUGAGAGGUCUGUUCUCUUCAUC